AAUGUCAUUGAAAAAAUCAAAAUAAAAAUGUCAAAAUACUAUAAUUGAGGUUACGGGUUGUUAGAGAAUACUUUGCAGAAAUUUGAAUUUUUGAAUGAAUUAAUAUUUAUUUUGAAAAUAACAAGAGGUCCAUAAUGUUAUGUGGACUAUUAUCCUUUUUGCUGUUGAUUGUUUCAUCAAAAAGUCAAAUCAAUUUUCCAAAUAAAGGCCAUACAAACAACUGGGCUGUUUUGGUAGACACUAGUAGGUUCUGGUUCAACUACAGACAUGUUGCGAACGUAUUAUCGAUUUAUAGAAGUGUGAAGAGACUGGGUAUUCCAGACAGUCAAAUAAUUUUAAUGAUUGCAGAUGAUAUGGCUUGCAAUCCCAGAAAUCCGAGACCAGCGACGGUUUUUAAUAACGCCAAUCAGCACAUAAACGUAUAUGGAGAUGAUGUUGAAGUUGAUUAUAGGGGAUAUGAGGUUACUGUUGAAAAUUUUGUGAGACUCUUGACAGGGAGACUUCCUCCGGGUACUCCGAGGUCAAAACAAUUGUUGACAGAUGAAGGAAGUAAUGUAUUAAUUUAUUUGACUGGUCACGGAGGAGACGGAUUCCUCAAAUUUCAAGAUUCAGAAGAAAUAACCAGUCAAGAAAUGGCCGAUGCUUUGGAACAGAUGUGGCAGAAACAAAGAUAUCAUGAAACCUUCUUCAUGAUCGACACUUGUCAAGCAGCUUCUAUGUACGAGAGGUUUUACUCCCCUAACAUUCUUGCCGUUGGCAGCAGUUUGGUUGGAGAAGAUUCACUUUCGCAUCAUGUCGAUCCUGCUAUAGGGGUGUAUAUAAUUGAUCGUUAUACUUACUACGCUCUGGAGUUCUUGGAGAGUGUGGAUCCGCAAAGCAAUAAAACUAUGGCCGAAUUCUUGAAGGUGUGUCCUAAAAGUGUUUGCAUUUCUACUGUCGGAGUGAGGAAAGAUCUUUUUCAGAGAAAUACUAACGAAGUGCCGAUUACCGACUUUUUUGGAUCAGUUCGGCCAAUAGAACUGAUCAAGGAAGUUGUUUUGGAGCCCAUUGCUGCCAAGUCUGUUCCAGAUAAAGUAAAAACAAACACAAAGCCAAAGAAAUAUGAAUAUGUGGAACCACUAGUCAAUUUCAAUACUAUAGUACAAUAAAUUAUUGAUAUUAAAAUUUAUUUCCUUUA